ACUUCCUUGCAUUUUCACCUCCUCCAACGGCAAUAACCUUCCGCUGGCUACAGCCAUGCCCUCAGAGUCAACUAAGGACUGGGACAAACUUCUCGCCUGGCUCGAGGAAAAACAUGCCGGCUUUGAAACUAGCUUGUCUCUCCGCGAUGUACCUGGUGUCGUUCGAGGUUUAGUGGUGACUGAACCAGCCAAGGAGAGAUCCACCCUCCUUCACAUCCCUUCAUCGGCCAUGCUGAACCCUCUCACUAUGUUUGCUGCAGAUGCUGCUUCCAGACCGCCUUCAAAGGGACCUGUAUACUCUAUACCAAGACAUCUCUAUCCUCGACCUACACAUAUAACGUCAAGUACCAACUCCUCGAAGCGAAUCAAGACUUCAGCCGCGUCACCAACUACUGUCUCGACUGCCAGUGGGGAAUCCAACUCUCAUUAUAGGCAACUUGAUACCACUGAGCUUCUAACCCUCCACUUGGCCCUUAGUAAAGAUCCUCAAAAACGCUAUUUUUCGGACUGGCAAGUAUAUCUUGAGACACUUCCCAACGAAUUCAGGCCUUGGCACCCGUUGACUUGGGUUAUCAAGCCGGAAUUGGGAGCUAAAAGCCCAGGGGCUGCCGAUUGGGAUUGGUGGAAUACUCUAUACGAGAAACAUAUUUCUCCUACAAUGAAGGCUAAAAUACAAGACGUGAAACGUCGGUAUGAAGCUGAUGCUGCCCUCGUGUUAGAUGUUUUGCGCCAGGAAGAGCCUUUCAAAACGCAUUGCAUGUCUACAGUCUUAACCCAGGAGGAUCUCCUUUGGGCCUGGCUCAAUGUAAAUACCCGUUCGAUCUCUAUUCCCCUUGGUCUCCCCGGUCCCAGUGAACGUAUGAAUCACACCCUCGUUCCCAUUCUUGAUAUGAUUAACCACUCGUCUGACUCUUCUUUAAACGCCCCCCGGGUUCGCCAGAUGUCAACACCAUCACCGGCGCCGCGCUCUAGGUCAGCCGCUCGUCGGACACAUAGACAGACGCCCAGCAACGAUUGGAACAGCCAAAACCCAACCGGCUACUCUCGCAAUGGAUUACAUCUUGUCCCUGGUAAAAUCGAUCUUCGGCUGAUUGCCCCUGAUCGAGAGAUGCAAAAGGGAGAGGAGGUGUUAUUUGAGUACGGUGGACAUUCGAAUGCCACACUCUUUGCAGAAUACGGCUUCUGUGAAGUACCAGAAGGGGUAGAAGAUGAUAAAUGGUUGCGGCUUAAAAACGGAGAGCUGGAUGUGGGAUGGAUUGUGGAUGAGCUUUGGGAGGAAAAAGUGAAGAGCAAUGGUAACGAAGAAGAUGCAGCCGAAAAACAAAAGGUUUUAGAAGCCAUCGCCUGUUGGGGGCAAAACACCAUCCAUACUUGCCCAGGCCCACCCCACCCUUCGCAUUCUCUACUCAUGAGCCUACGUGUGCUACACCUGCCCGCUGAUUCCCCCAAGCUUCCAGGAAUUCAACAAGGCUAUUCCACCUACAUUUCUCCUCCCAACGAGCUUGCUACCAUCACUUCACUUGAAGAUAUAUGUCAGAGAGUCAUCAAAGAGUCUAAUAAGCGAUGGAAAGCUUUGAAAAGGCUCCAUAAGGACAUUAAAGUUGGAAGCGAACGAGAGGAAGGAAAGAGAACAGUCAUUGACAUGUUAAUGGGGAUGUGUGUCGAGGACAAGAUCAUUGCAGGCAAAGUUUUGGAGAGGAUAGACGCAGGGGAAGAUUUUUCUUAAAGUGCCCGGUUAAAUCCCCUUGCUUUCUAUUUUAUUUUGUUUCCCCAAGGAAACCAGUUCAAGAUUUAGUAGAAUCAACUUGCAACCUUGAAUUCAUUCUCACAACAACAUUUUCUCAAAACAUCGGAUGCAAAUCUUUACUGUCUUUCCCCUUCUAUUGUAGCUGGACCAAUUCCUUCUGCGAACGGGCCGCCCUCACUGAUACCUCCUCCCGUUCCUUUGAUCACUCGUCGCUCUUCUUUGUGAACUUCUUUGGCUUCAAUGAAUAAAGAAGACACGACCGUCAACACCGCAAUACCAGCGCUGAAAAUCCAAACAGUCGAAAGUGACCGGGCGUAAGCAGAGAGCGCUAGUGAUUGCAGCCUUGGGACAAGAAGUCGAAUAGCUGCUUUCGAAUGGAGGAUGGAGUUUAUGAUC